AUGGGUUUCGCAGACAAGCGCGUCGCCAUUGUCGGCGGUGGCCUAGGAGGCACAGCCUUCCUAAACGCCGCCCUCUACAGCGGACUGAAAAACGUCCAGCUUUACGAGCAAGCACCCCAAUUCGGCGAAGUCGGCGCCGGCGUGAACAUCACUUCCAACGCCAAUCGCGUUCUCGACGCCUUCGGCCUGAAAGAAAGCAUGACCGCAAAGUCCAGCCGCAAACUACCCUCAUACAUGGAAUAUCACAGCUACCAGACCGGCGACUACCUCGGCCACAUUGAAGAAUUCUCGCAACCGCCCGCCCGGCUACUGCACCGCGCGCAUCUACUGGAUUCACUGAAGGAGCGUGUUCCUGAAUCCUCUCUUAACCUGGGCAAGCGACUGUCAUCAAUUGAUCGAAACACGGACGGCGCUACUGCGCCAUAUACCCUCCAUUUCGAGGACGGUAGCACCGCCGAAGCAGACAUCGUCAUUGGUUGCGAUGGUAUCAAGUCGAAUGUCCGUCUUGAUAUGGGUCUGGGAGACUCACCGAAUUACUCGGGCCAGGUUGUUUACCGCGGCUUUGUAGACUACAAGGACCUUCCAUCCGAGACGGCGCAAUUACUUCGGAAGACGGUCAAUUUCCGCGGUCCGAAGUGCCACGUUCUGAUUCUUCCUAUCGGGAAUGAGGAGACGAAGACUGACCGUGCGGCUGUUAUUGGAUUUAUGUCUGAGCCGCUUGAUGCGUGGGAUUCGGAGAGUUGGAUGUCUCGCUCUGAUAUCGAUAGUUUGCAGGAACAUGUUAAGGACUGGUGUCCGCAGGUGCAGGAUAUCAUUACCGGUUUGCGUAAGGGCUCGGCGGAUGGGAAGAUGUUGAAGCAGGCGCUUUAUGUGCGCGAUCCGCUGGAUAAGUGGUUCGAGAUGAAGGAGGGUCAGAAGGAUGCGGGUAUUAUUUUGCUGGGUGAUUCGGCUCACUCUACGCUGCCUCAUCAAGGUCAAGGAACUUGUAUGGCUAUUGAGUCUGGUAUUGCCCUCGCGACUAUUCUGCGCCACUGGAAGGGAGAUGAUCUCGUCGCAGCCUUCCAGUUCUACCAGGAUCUCCGCAAGCCCCGGACAGACCGUGUCACGCAGACUAGCUACGAGGCUGGUAAGCUGGCGAGCUCUGAUAGCCCUGACCAGAUGACCAAUAACUUCAACCCGGAGGCGUUGGGGGAGCGGAUGAAGUGGAUUAUGGAAUAUAAUGUUCUGGAGGAUUUGAAAAGCAAGGGGGCUGGUGUGCUGGACUUUCAAGACUCGAGACUUUAA